AUGCACGACAACGAAGAUGUGGAGAUUGACGUCGUCGCUGUCUCACCGGCUCCAUCACAAAGCUCCUACAACAGCACUCAAAAUGAAAAGAAGUACUUCUGUCAACGUUGUCUGAAUCAUGACCUCCAGUUUCCCAAGGAAAGGACACAAACCCGUGUGCAAGUAUGCCAGUUGCACGUGUAG